UCCGGCCAGGAGGUCAUGCAUAAUUCAUCAGCUCCACUUUCGGCCCGCCUCUUUCCUAGGGGUGGGAGUUUGCUGCAAACUUUGUUUAUGGGACAGUCUGGGAGCCGCAGCGGCCGCGCUUGUCUACGUCUUCUCGGUCGCUUCCUCGCUCAGCGCGAGCGCCCGAGGCCGGCUCCGGGGAUAAAGAUGAAUCCGUCCUCGGUGCCCCAUCCGCUCCCGCCGCCGGGACAGCAAGUCAUCCACGUCACGCAGGACCUCGACACGGACCUCGAAGCCCUCUUCAACUCUGUCAUGAACCCCAAGCCCAGCUCAUGGCGGAAAAAGAUCCUCCCGGAGUCCUUCUUUAAGGAGCCCGAUUCCGGCUCGCACUCCCGUCAGUCCAGCACCGACUCCUCCGGCGGCCACCCAGGGCCUCGACUGGCUGGCGGCGCGCAGCACGUCCGCUCGCACUCGUCGCCGGCAUCCCUGCAGCUAGGCACCGGUGCGGGAGCCGCUGGAGGCCCGGCACAGCAGCAUGCACACCUCCGCCAGCAGUCCUACGACGUGACCGACGAGCUGCCGUUGCCCCCCGGGUGGGAGAUGACCUUCACGGCCACUGGCCAGAGAUACUUCCUAAAUCACAUAGAGAAAAUCACCACAUGGCAAGACCCCAGGAAGGUGAUGAAUCAGCCUCUGAAUCAUGUGAACCUCCACCCCUCCAUCACUUCCACAUCGGUGCCACAAAGGUCCAUGGCAGUGUCCCAGCCGAAUCUCGCGAUGAAUCACCAACACCAGCAGGUCGUGGCCACUAGCCUGAGUCCACAGAACCAUCCAACUCAGAACCCACCCACGGGGCUCAUGAGUGUGCCCAAUGCACUGACCACUCAGCAGCAGCAGCAGCAGAAACUGCGGCUUCAGAGGAUCCAGAUGGAGAGAGAGAGGAUUAGGAUGCGUCAAGAGGAGCUCAUGAGGCAGGAAGCUGCCCUCUGCCGACAGCUCCCCAUGGAAACUGAGACCAUGGCCCCUGUCAACACACCUGCCAUGAGCACAGAUAUGAGAUCUGUCACCAACAGUAGCUCAGAUCCUUUCCUCAAUGGAGGGCCCUAUCAUUCACGGGAGCAGAGCACAGACAGCGGCCUGGGGUUAGGGUGCUACAGUGUCCCCACAACUCCAGAAGACUUCCUCAGCAACAUGGAUGAGAUGGACACAGGCGAAAAUUCAGGUCAGACACCCAUGACCGUCAAUCCCCAGCAGACCCGUUUCCCUGAUUUCCUGGACUGCCUUCCAGGAACAAACGUUGACCUCGGGACUUUGGAGUCUGAAGAUCUGAUCCCCCUCUUCAAUGAUGUAGAGUCUGCUCUGAACAAAAGCGAGCCCUUUCUAACCUGGCUGUAAUCAGUACCGCUGUAACAUGAUGCAGCUGUGAGCUGACACAUCCUGGGCCAUGCGGACCAAGCGAUGGAGCAGAGCGGGCCUGCAGCUGCACUGCAUUCUGCCUUCAUGCUCACACUCCUUGCCCAUGUGGCCACUUAAUCAUUGCCUGGUGUUGAUUCGCAGGAACUUAUGUUACACAGAAAUAAAUAUUCUCUCUUCAUUUUCUGCAAGCCUGCAUUUCUGUGGCAGAUAAAGCAGGAUUGAUUGUGCAGAGUAACUUUUGAGAAAAUGCUUGCAGCCCUAUGGCUGAGCUUUAUCGCAAUUAGCUUAAAUUCAUUAUAUCAAUUGAUUCUAAGCCAUAAAAAGCUGACCUCAGGCAGUGAAUUCUGAUAGGCAGCUUGGUCCAGGAAGUGUGUGCAAAGACCUGAUUUACAGUUUCAAAAACUGUACUGAUAACAGUAGUAACAAAUGCUUUAAAACUUAUUUAACUUGAUCUUCAAAAAAAAUAAAAAAAUCAUUGUAUGGAUAGUAAUUUUCUCCUGUAGGGAAUACAGUGUUGUUUGGAAUCCACGCUGGCUCUGAUGGCUUCUCUCAUUCUCUGUUUACAAGGGUACAGAGUACUAAUGUUAUCACCUUUUAUCACUUUCCUGCAUAGCAGCUCUGUUCUGUGAGCAGGAGGGUAACUUCAACAUCUGUCAUAAUUCUUGCAUGACAGAUCGUGUGAAAGAGACCAGUCUGGUCCCAGUAUGAAUGAUUACAGAACAAAACUAUUUUUUAUUGCAACUUGGUUUUUUUUUUUUUUUUAACAAAAUGCAGCUUGGAAUUUGAUGUUUGUUUUUAUAUGUAAAAAAAAAAAUAACCUGUAAUUUUGUAGCUAUUACAGAAGGUAGUCAAAUGUUUUUGAUAAAUCAGUGGCGACUCUAUUUUUGUCUUUUGAACCUGUUCUGAAAACAUCAGGCCAACAUAGAUCACAGCCUGAUGACACAUGAAUUUUGUAUGCUGCAUUUUGUAUUCUGAGUGAGGUAUUAUUAUUAAUUCUGCUUUCAAGAUUUCAAGUGUUUAAAAUAAUCCUGUCUAUGAAACUGUUUGAAAAAUGAAGCAGAUUUCUGAUUAACACAUACAGAAAGGCCCUUGUCAGGGCAUGUGCUGUAGAUUUGUACUUCUGAAUUCAGUAAAAGUGAUUCCUAGGUCUACUAUCCAAAUCCUUUUGCUAAGUUGGUAAGAUGAAAAGUCUAAGGUAUAUACUCAAUACCUCUUAUGUAACCAACAUAUUAUUUGUUUCUUUAGCCUUUAAGGACUGAGAGUCUCAUGAUCAUCUGUCAGGCAGUCUGCCUGCACUUGCAAUGACGUCCUUAGCUGUUUAGUAUUUCGAACUGACAUUAUUUAUAAUCUAUGAAUUUAAUCUCUUUUUUAUUUUUUAUUUUUUUAUUUUUUUUUGAAAGACAUCAAGAACCUGGAAGGAAGCUUUUCACUGCCUAGAGGGCAAAAGCUUCACUGUUGAGGAUCUUCAGUGAGAUUCCCUUUGAUCCAUUGGACUGUAAAUGCACAGAGUACAUUUGAUCUUGGUGGGAAGAGGCAAGUUGAAAGGUCAGAGGCAAAGUAGCAUAGCCGGGGAACAUGGUGGAAAGGCCUGAUGACGGGAAAGGAAGCAGACAUGUCAGAACCCCUCAAAAACAAGGCAAGCAAGACAGGUGAGAGGUGCCCCGAAGAGCAAAGCAACAAUUUUCUCUCACCGCCUUUAUGCCAAAAGACACCGCUGUUAGAGAGAAGAGGGGAAGAGGGUGAGGGUGCACUUUACUGGGGAGGGGCUGUGACAUUGUCCACAUAUUGACAGACAAGAGCAUGGACUCCUGUUGCUUCCAGCACUCUUAAAGUGAUCUCUCUUUUCCUGAAGGAACCCCAAUUUAUGUCCACAUAAUUCCUUGCUCUCUCUCUGAGCGCUCUGAGAGAGGCACAUAGGGAUUUAUGUUGCUACUAGGUUGAAAGGGAACGCUCUUUCGUUUCCUCUUUUGUUAGCAAAAGUUGCAAAAAAAGAGUUGUACAUUCUUUCAGAGGAAAACCAAAAACAAGCCAAAACACAAGGGACCUAACAAAACUUGACAGUGUUACUGUAUUUAAAAAUAUUUUCAUAGAUGCAUUUCAGGUUAUUAAGUGUAAAAGAAAAAAGAUAACUUUUUAAAAAAAAAUUAGUUAAGUCAUAUAUGAUUAAUGUUACAAAGUUUUAGAAGCAAUUUUCUAGUAAGCUUGUGGCAUUAUGAAAUACUAGGAUAAUUUUCUUAGAAAAUUAGUUUAAACCUUUUUAAUUAAUAUAGUAUUUUUCUAGAAUGAAAUAUGGCCCUUGACUGUUUACUAAUAGAUUAAAACCAGAUAUUAUAAUUGUUGUUGUUUUUAAGAACAUAAAAUGUGGUUUGUUACAGAACACUAAAGGUAGAAAUCAGACUUUUUUUUCCUAGUUCUGAGUAAACCCAAGAUUUCAUGUGUCGGGCAAGUGCUCCUCAACCCAGUGGAGCGGCAUUGCCAGCCCUCGGAGCAGUCUCUCAGUGGUUCUUUACUAUUCUUAUAAGUAUUAAUAUUUUCUAAGAAUUCAUAAUAAGGUGCUAUUCAUAUACUAUAUCAUACUAUAAGCCAACUGCCAGACUAUCUAGUCUUCUUAGUCCUAAAUCAAUAAAUUUUUACCAUGUCAUCUCCAAAUUUUAUCAUAGGAUAGAAAAUUUUUUUAAAGUUGGAUUCAAAACACAUUUUUCUUGAUAAGAUACACUUCACUGAAGCAUUUAAAUAGCUAAACACCCUGUCAUUCGUUAACAGUAGGUGAUAUUUUAGGCCAGGUUUUAUUGUAGUAUCUAGGAUAUAAUAUGUAUUUCUUUCAGUGAUUUCUCAGUGUGUGAGAAGCACAUAAAACAGAAUGAUCCUUAGCCUCCUGGGCACUUCUCAGCAGAAAGGAAUCUGCAGAAGGUGACGUGAAGUGACAGACAUGUCACGGAGUACUGCGUUCUUAUGAUGUAAUUAGAAGCAACUUCUGAAAGUACAACUUUCGUGGAGCAAAACAAGCCAUUCAAAAAGGAUAACAGUUAAUUUAAAAUGGUGAUUGACGGAGACCCUUUCCCUGACACUGUAUUAUACAAUGUGCUAAUACUUUAACUUAAUUCUUUUUUUUUAUACUUGUACGUUUUACCAAAUGGGACCUGUGUUGUUGAUUAUAAUCCAGUAUGUUCUACAUACUGGAAAUGUGCAGCCAAAUCCAUCAUCAAACUAUUUUAUCUAGAGUUUGGUACAGGUUUUACUUCUCAAUUCUAUAUAAAAAAAAUAAAUAAAUACAAUUGAACUUCCA